GUGGAUCAUAUUCAAAUAUGCUUCAGUUUGUUUACUAAACACAACAAGGACACAUGCAAUACUUUAAAUAUUUGAUUCAUGACAAUUUUCACGAUUUUACACUUAUCAAAGCAACGCGCCGUAAACGCUCUAUUGUCGUAAAUUUAAUCUCCUUGAUUGCCACUUUCCGGCAGUGGUGAGAUCGGGGAAACACGAUACUAUUUUUACUAUGGUGUUACGGAGGUGCUGAAUCGGCUUGUCCUUCACGAGGAGUAGGGAGCACCAUUAGCCAUCAGAAGUUGUAUAAGCAGUGCUGUGUUCCUGUGGACAAGCCGUUACUGUGGAUAUCAGAACUACAAAUUCUUUGUGCACUGAAAAAAAAAAAACUUAUUAAAUUUAUGGGACUUUUACAACCUGUUUCUAAAAUUAUAAGUGGACAUGGAUUCAAGUUCAUUUUACAAAGUUUUCCUAUUUAUAUUUGUAUUGAAAGGAUCUCACUCACAGAGGCAGCCACGAUGUGAACAAGGCAGCUGUUAUCCUGCCACAGGUGAUUUACUUAUAGGACGCGAGGCCAACCUUACUGCCUCGUCCACCUGUGGUCUGAAGCGACCAGAAAACUACUGCAUCGUCAGUCACUUAGAAGAAGACACUAAGUGUUUUACUUGUGACUCCCGUGAGUCGUGGUCAGAGUACCGACGGAACAGUCACAGAAUUAGUAACAUUGUGUCGUCGUUCCGCGAAAGAAAACUGCGAUGGUGGCAGGCAGAAAAUGGCAAGCAACAAGUGUACCUUCAGUUGGAUUUAGAGGCUGAGUUUCAUUUCACUCAUCUUAUCAUGACUUUUAAGACUUUCAGACCAAAGGCUCUGCUAAUUGAGAGGUCCUAUGACUUCGGAAAAACGUGGAAGGUUUACCGAUAUUUUGCCCAGCGCUGUGAUGAAUCAUGGCCAGGUGUAAAGAGGUGGCCGCCCAGGGACUUGAGUGAGGUGAUCUGUGAUGAUCGUUAUUCUGAUGAAGUACCAUCGACAGAGGGAGAGGUGAUAUUCAGAGUCCUUCCACCAUUUAUCAGGAUACAGAAUCCUUAUGAUGCUAAGGUACAAGAUUUACUGAAGCUGACCAAUCUCCGGGUGAAUUUCACUGAGCUCCAUGGAUUAGGCGACACUCUAUUGGACAGCCGGCAGGAGAUUAAGGACAAAUACUACUACUCCAUGUUUGACAUGACGGUUAGAGGGAGCUGUAGUUGUUAUGGCCAUGCAUCCAGAUGUGAACCAGUGGAUGGGUACAAUGUCAGACCAGACAUGGUACAUGGUCAAUGUGUCUGUACACACAACACCAAGGGACGUAACUGUGAACAGUGUCAGGACUUCUAUAAUGACCUACCCUGGAGACCAGCGAGAAGAAACUUCCCCAAUGCUUGUAAAAAGUGCAAUUGUAAUGGUCACUCGGACAAGUGUAAAUUUGACCCAGCAGUGUACGAGGCGAAUGGUGAAAUCAGUGGAGGUGUUUGUUUGGACUGUCAACACAACACCCUGGGCAGGAACUGUCAGCAGUGCAGGGACAUGUUCUUCCAGGACCCCUACCAGGACAUUCGGAGCUCAACUAUCUGUAAACCAUGUGACUGUGAUCCAUCUGGGUCCCUCUUUGGGGGACGGUGUGAUGACCACUCCGAUGAGUCCAAUGGACUUCUAGCAGGAAGGUGUCAUUGUAGGCAGCACGUGGAGGGCAAGCGUUGUGACACCUGUAAAGAUGGCUUCUACAGUCUGAACGAGGCUAAUCCUCAGGGCUGUCUCGCUUGUGAUUGCAGCAUGAUUGGUACUGUAACGAACUCGUCCUGUGACAAGGACACAGGAAUGUGUCUGUGUAAACGCUACGUUACGGGAGACAGGUGUGAUACAUGCCAUCAUGGAUUUUAUGGUUUGAGUGACAUUGACACUGGGUGUACGCCUUGUGAUUGUGAUGUGGGUGGGUCCAUCAGUGAAGCAUGUGACCAGGUGACUGGAGCCUGUACCUGUAAACCCAACAUCAUUGGUCAGCAGUGUGACCAGCCCCGCCCAGGCUAUUACUACGCCAUGUUGGAUUUUUUCCGGUAUGAAGCUGAAUUGGCCAAAGGAAUUGGACAGGUGCGCCAGUACAUCCAGGAGCCAUACCCUGAUGGCUAUCAGCCGUGGACUGGUCCAGGGUACAUGCUUGUGAGGGAAGGAGAUAGCCUGGAAUUUAAUGUCAGUAAUAUAGAAUUCCCAACCAACUAUGACAUUGUCAUCCGCUAUGAUCUAAGGAUGCCAGAAAUCUGGGAAAGUGUGUUAGUAACUAUUCGCCGUGACAAAAUUCCAGAUGAGAAUGGACCUUGUGCAAAUCACGUAGCUAGGGAUGACGAGAAGUCUGCCACACUUAACCCAGGAUUUCGAUAUGUGGAGGUGUCCCCCUCAGCCUGUCUGGAACCAAACACUAAUUACACGAUACGUUUGGACUUCCGCCAGUACAAGUCUGGAAGAUCUACCCCAGAUGCUACCACUCUUAUUGACUCUAUAAUACUGGUGCCUGCCACUGACAGUAUUCCAAUAUUCCAAGUAUUUGGGUAUUUGAAUUACAUGAAGAACCAGUUUAUUCGUUACCAGUGUCGUGAGAAGCAGCUAACACCAUACCGACCAAACUACUCCGACUUCUGUAAAAAGUUGACCUUCAGCAUCAGUACAAGCAUGCUUCACCGAGCACUGCCAUGUGAAUGCGACCCCACUGGUUCCUUGAAUUCUGAGUGUGAACCUGCUGGUGGACAGUGUGUGUGUAAACCUAAUGUUGUUGGUAGGAAGUGUGACCGCUGUGCUCCAGGAACUUACAACUUUGGUCCUGCUGGCUGUUCUGCCUGUAAUUGCCAUGAGUAUGGAUCCCGUGACAAUCUUUGUGAUGCCCAGACUGGACAGUGUCUGUGUAUAUACAACGUUGGAUCUCGAGACUGCAGCCAGUGUGAGCCGGGAUACUGGGGAUUCCCCCAAUGUAGGCCAUGUGACUGUAAUGGAAAUGCAGACAUUUGUGAUGAUUUAACAGGAAAUUGUAUUGAGUGUCGCAACAACACAGCUGGAGAUCAUUGUGAAAGAUGUGAUGCUGAAUAUUACGGUGAUCCAAGAAGUUACAUCAGGAAGACUUGCCGUCCAUGCAUGUGUCCAGGAGGCCCCGACAGUCAGACUCAGCAUGCCGAUUCUUGUAGUGAGGACCCUAGACAGCAGACCAUUGUCUGCAACUGUUUACCUGGAUACCAAGGCCCUAACUGUGAUACCUGCAGCGAGAACUACUUUGGUAACCCUCUGGUGGUAAACAGUACCUGUGAACCCUGUGUAUGUAACAACAACAUAGAUCCCAAUGUGGCGGGCAGCUGUGACACCUCCUCAGGAGAAUGUCUGAAGUGUCUGUUUAACACAGAGGGAUUUAACUGUGAAAAAUGUAAACCUGGUUACUUCGGAGAUGCCACCACUCAGAGUUGUGUGGAGUGUGUUUGUGACCCCUACGGUACAGACAAAUCCACUGAAUCAUGUGACAGAGAGACCGGACAGUGUCCCUGCCUACCCAAUGUCACAGGACUAAGGUGUGACACCUGUCUGGUGGGGUACUGGAACAUUACCAGUGGGGAGGGGUGCUCAUCCUGUGGGUGUGAUCCUGAGGGCUCAUUUGGAAUCACCUGUAAUCAAUUUGAUGGUCAGUGUGCCUGUCAGCAGGGGAGGGGUGGACUGGAAUGCGAUCAGUGUGAGGAUUUGUUCUGGGGUGACCCCAAAGUCCAGUGUACAGCCUGUGACUGUAAUGCCCAGGGUUCCUCUGACAUGCAGUGUGACCGACGAACCGGUCAGUGUGUUUGUCUGACCGGGAUUAGUGGCUAUAAGUGUGACAGAUGUGACCGAGGAACCACUGGGGAACUCCCCAACUGUAAACCCUGUGGGGAAUGCUUUGAUAAUUGGGACCGAGUUAUCAGGGACCUCAGAGGCCAGACCCAGUAUUUAGUGGAUGAAGCUCUGAAGAUCAAAGCCACAGGGGUGGAGAAGGCCUUUGAGAAAGAGUUUGCAGAAAUGGAGAAUAACAUUAAAGAAAUUCGAGACAUCAUCCGCAAUACUAACAUCUCGUCCAAUGAUAUCAAAGAUAUUGAAAUGAAUCUCAUGCAACUCAGGGAGUCAUUGAACAUUAGCUACAGUGAUCUAGAGAGGACUGAGGUAGAGAUCAACACAAGAACAGACAGCAUUAGACAGAGUAAUAAUGAUAUCAGGGCCCUGCAGAUGGGUGUUGACAAACUGAAACUGAAAAUAGAAAAUCUCAAGAAGAAUGCCACCAAUGUACAAGCUCAGGAUGUAGAAGGUGCUUACAACCUUACGAAAAAGGCUCAAGACAUGUCUAUUGCUGCUCAGAGGAAGGUGAAUGCCACUGAUGGAGUUCUGGACCAGUCUGAAAAAAUACGAGAUGAAGUGGAGAAUAUGAUCAAGACUCAGCAUUCCGAGUUUGAAAGAAAAGUCCAGGAAAAUGAAAACAAUCUUAAUGAAAUCAACGGCCAGGUCUCUGGUCUUGGAGAUAAAAUUGCUGAUAUCAAUGAAAUGGUGUGUGACAAGCGUGGAGAGCCCUGCCACCCAGUGUGUGGAGGAGGUGGAUGUGGAGUGUGUGGUGAAGAACAGAGCUGUGAUAAUGGAGCAGUGAAGAAAGCGGGAAAUGCCCUGGACCUUGCCCGCAAAGCCGAGGAUUUGCUCACCAUUAAAGAGAGAAAUGCCACGGAUCUCUUACAGAAGCUGCAAAAUUCUCAGAGAGGAGCAGAAAUGGGUAAGGAUGAAGCCCAGAUGGCCUACAACGAGGCUUUAAAAGUGAAAACUGAAACAGAGAAUGCCCGUACUGCCCUGCAGGAUCUGUUUGUCAGGAUCUCAGGAUUUCUGUCUGCAGAUGGUGCCACUCCUGAUGACAUCAAACAGAUAGCCGAGGAGGUGUUAGCUAUGAGCAUUUCCCUGACCCCUCAGCAGAUUCUAGAUUUGGCCCAGCAGAUAAAUAUCACCAUACAAGGAUUGCAGGAUAUUGAUAAAAUCCUGGCAGACACCAGUAGUGAUCUGGCCCGGGCCAAAGGACUCAAGGAAAGAGCAGAAACAGCAGAGGCUGAUGCCAAGUCCAUUCUGGAGAAGGCGGAGGACGUGCAGGCCAAUCUAAAGGGAGCCACAGAUGCCCAGCAGGCUGCCCAGGCCGCCAUUACCCAGGCAGAUAAAGAUAUUGGAGAUGCAGAACAGGAUCUCACACAGAUUGAGUCUGAGACGACAGCAGCCACAGACAAGUCGAACCAGUCGCUGACGUCACUGGAAGCCCUGAAAGCCAGACUGAAAGAUCUGAAGGGCAAAUACAUUGAGAACGAGCAGAAGGUUGCCAAUGCUGAGAGAGCUGCCCAGGAAGCUGAGAGAUUGGCCCACAAAACAGAGGAGGCUGCUAACAAGUUACAGACACAGUAUUCCAAGACUGCUCAGGAUCUGAACUCGAAAUACAAUCUCACAACUCAGGCUCAGUCUCGAGCUGAAUCUCUAAAGAGGAGGGCGGAUAAACUGGCCACUGACACCACUGCAAAACUAAAAAAAUUAGCUGAAAUGCAAGAGAACUUUAAUGCCAAUGAAAAGAGACUGAACAAGCUGUCUACAGACAUUGAUGAACUAAAUCGACGAAUGGCUGAGUAUUUACAAGCCAUCAACAACAAAGCCACAGAAUACUACAAUUGUAAAACCUAAGAUUUAAUAAUCAGGUGAAUGUGGGACUUACACUGGGCUGUAAUAGACUGUGGUGUUGUAGAUGAGGUUAAGAUCUGCAUGUUAUUUAAGUGAUAACUGGAGAAGUAUUAGGUGCAGACAGCAUUACAAAUGAAAAAUAACCUGUGAUACCAUCCUUUUUAAAUCUUUGUAGUAUAUUGAGAUGAAGAGAAAACUUAGUUUUAUUGAUUAAGUUUUUCAACUUUGUGGUUGGCAGUGUCAUUUUGAUAGAUAUUUCCACUACAGUCAUAUGUAAUAUACGUGUAUUACUCUUUUGUAUUGCUAUUAUUUUGAUAUUUAAAAACAAAACAGCUUUCACUCAUAUGACCUUUGUCUAUGAUUCAUAUGGAUAUUGAUGACCAAAACUAGGCAUGAAUGAGAGCCAGUGAAUUGGAUGCGAGUGUAUUUUAAGACUUUUAUAUAUGUGUAUAAAGCUGAUGAGCAGCUUUAGUUCCUUGUAGAUAUUUAACCUAUAUCAGAUAUAUGUACAGUUUACCAAAUGUAUAUAUAUGUCAUACCCGCGUAAAAAGCCAAGGUAUAUGUUUGAUUAGCCGGGCUAAAUAUAGCACAAGAGUGGAAUGGAUGUUUCACUCAUGUAAAGUUUUUAUGGACCUUGAACCUUGUCCUAUUCUCAUGUAAAAUGCCUGAGUGUUUUUGUAAUAGUGUCAAAUGUAGUCACAUGUGUGUUGUAAUGUGUUAUGUAGUCACAAAUCUUCUCUUUCUAGUUCGUUUCUUGUUAAAAAGCAUGGUUUAUUCAUAAAUGCUCAUAGAUUAUAACUGUGAUGUUUGAUGCUGCUGAUGAUCAAAUAUUUAGAAUAAUGAAUUUGUGUACAAUUCUGUAUUCAAGAUGAACAUGGGUAUCUGGAUAAGCCGCACCAUUACUGGAAAUGAUUCACUUUCUCUGAAAAAGAUUUCACUGUUUUGAAGACUUUUGACACUAUAAAUAAAAAAUGAAUCAAAAGGUUGGAUAUUAUUCGCAAGGUUACUUCAUAGAAGUUGAAAAGAGGCAGUGAAAGCUUAUGUAUAUAUUAAGUAUGUGCAUUAAAAUAGGGCAUACCUCACGAUUACACAGUAGUACGGAUGUAUCAUUCAUGGAUAUUGAUCUGAUUUGCUUGUUUUUUUUAAUGUCAUAAUAUUAUGAUUUUCGAGAUUUUUUUUAGAACAAAUUUUACAGCCAAUGAAAUAGAAAUUGUAAUGACUAUAAUUUUCUGCGAUGAUGGAUUGACUGAUGUUUAUACAAACAAAUAACAGCUAUUUGAACACAUAGUGUAUUUUAUUUCGCUUGUGAUGUAUUUUGGCUUUCACUUUUUCAUUUCUCCAUAGUUCAACUUUUCAAAUGUAUGUAUGUUUGCCAUGGAAUCGAGUUGUGAAUGUUGAUGUGUAUUUCAUAUGGUGCUAUUGUAUAGAGAUACUAACUACAAACCCGUACUGUUUAUAUACCCACUGUAUAUUCUUAGGGAUCUUAAGAAAAGGUUGUAGGAAAGGUUUUUAAUGAAGUCAGCAAAUGAUGUUUUGCUAUGCAUAUUCCUGUCAGAAUUUUAAUUCACAACAGUAUCUAUAGAAAGGUAAGUAUCUUUUGUUAUUAAAAUGUCAUCAUUUGAUACAGGUUUAUAAUAAAUUUGCAGUCUACCUCUGUCAGUUUUUAACCAUUAUCAUAUUACUGUAUGCUUUCAGUUCACUUUGUGUAUGUAAUUUCUUCAGCAUUGAAAGUUAGAAGUUUGACUAAAGCAUACUUGAUUUCUUUUAUUCUAAGAAUUAAAUAUCUAGGUUGUGUGUAUCAUUGGGAGUAUAUAGAUAUCUAGAGCCCAUUAUACAGGUAUUAGUGUCACACUGUAGACUAAACGAAGAAAGAAUGUAAAGACAUUACAUAAACUGAAAAAGUGGAAUAGUUGCUGAAAAUACCAAACAAAAAAAACCCCAUAAGUUUGGACUCUUAUUUUAGGAAUAAAUGUCAGGUUUUUCGUUUUAUGGGGGUAGAAAUUUAAGCAUGCGAUAAUAUGUAUCACUAAAGUCGAUUAUUCAGAAAUAGCUCCAUGCUUUCAUUGUUCUUCAUGAUGCAGAUAACCUAGACAUUUAUCGUUUCAGAUAUUUAUAUUUUGUAAAAAGAUGUAGAAUUUUAUGCUUUGAAUAACUUUCCAUAUCAAGUAAGCCUAACAUAAGCAUGAGUUUCCAUAUUAAGAUGUAUAGAUAAGGAAUUAGCAAAGGAAGUAUUGGUAAGUGUAUAUGUAUUGUAAUAAUUGUACAGUUACCAAUUAUAUACAUAGGAGAUCUACUGAACAUAAACUCUGUGUGUUGUUAGAUUUACUCCGAGUCAUUGUAAUGGAAAGAUAGAAAGGAAAUCCUUAAAUUCUUAAUGCAGUGUACAUGUAUCUUCCUUUAGAUUAUGGGUGUAAUUAGUUUAUUUGCAUCAUCUUCAGAUUCAGUUUGUUCAGAUAUUACCUCAAAUUAAAUUCACAAUUUAC